GCCAGAAAUGUAAAAAUACCCCAAUUGUUAUCCUAUUUUUCUAAGAAACGUUGAUAUUUGUAGACGUGGGAAAAAUAUAUAUAAUUCUUGAUUAUAUUAUCUUUCAUAACACAGCUUUCGAUACACGAUUCAUAACACUUCGCUCGAUACAAUUUAUUCCCAAAGUAACCUCCAAUUCGAAUUUAUACUCCAACUUUACUUGUUUCUUUACUAUGUGACACUAUGAAACAAAAAAAGGAGAAAAAUCAAUCAUAACUAUAACAAUAAUUUGACAGCUUUAGAAAAACGAUAAUUAGAGGCAAUAUUUUUAAAAUAAAUAAACAUCAACUAAUUCUAUCGUAACAAAAUAUUGACUUCGGCCUGCAUGCUCUAUCUCCGUCCGUCUUUCGAAAUGAGACAGUGAUGGCUGAGCGCUCGUGCCAGACGGACCUGUACUACGUGUCCCCAAAACAAAUAUAAGAUUUAGUUAUAAAAACUGUUCUGUGUUGUGUGUCCUAGCACCUAGCUAGCUAGCUAGUUGUGGCUAGUGUGUGUUGUGUGUAUACCGUGUGCACCAAAACCUAUAAUGGGUAACAAGCAACUCAUUAAAAAGAAGACAUCUCGAAAAAGACAACUCAGAAGAUUCCAACAAACAAUGGAACAAACGAAAAGAAGAAAAUUGGAUAAUUUCACAGCCGAAGAUGAUACUAUAUCUUUAGACUACAUCGAACUGCAAAAUAUGGAAAUGGAAUCUCCGAUUUCAUCAAAGUUGAAAGUCAGUCAAAAUAACGAUGAGGCGACCAGCUCAAACAUUUUGAACCCACGCAUUGCACAGGUGGAUGACACUUAUCGGGUUCCUAGUCUAUUAGAGGAAGAAGAUACCCAUGAGUUACAAAUAUCGUUCGAUUUGGAAGAAGAGCUUCCUGACAAAACCGUCGGUCGAAGAAUUGUUGCAAUUAGUAAUUUUUUUACAAAAUUACAAUCGAUUUGCAAUCAUGGACCCUUAGGAUGCGGUAUUCAAGAAAUGCAGUUGGUUGGAGAAGUAAAACAUGGCCACAUGGGGAAACGUCUGGUCGACAGUCCAAAGUGCCGAAGUAAGGAAAACCAAGCUCCGUCAUUAACCAAUAUCAACCCAACAAACCGAUUUACGUCAAAAAGUGAGGCCCACGGCCGAGCUCCACCUAACACCGAAGACCUGAUAACGACGCCUUCCCAUGCGUGGCCAGAUGCUGAGCUGCAGGUGCAUUUGUGCGAGGCCAAAGGCAGUGGAGCUAAGAUCGGAGAAGAACCAAUGACCAAGCAUUUUAAAAGCGAGGCCGAAAAUUAG